CAUGGAUCUCUGAAUUCGAUUUCCAAUAAAAAGCAUCAGGAACCGCGAUCCUCUUCUCGGUAUUGCUUUAUAUCACCUGACCUAUCUUGCUCUCCGGCGCGCAUCAAUCCCAAGUUUAUUCCCACGAACCGAAAAUGGCAGACGACAUCAAUAAUGAACCUUUCCCAUGGCAUCUCGGCGUAUUCGACGCACACUGUCAUCCUACCGAUACCAUGUCCAGCAUCCCCUCCAUCCCAUCCAUGAAAACCCGAGCUCUCACUGUUAUGGCUACUCGCGCUCAAGACCAGGACCUCGUAGCAGAUAUCGCGUCCAAAAACGGCAUCAGAUCUAGAAACAUCGAGCAGUGGGACCCACAAGAAUGCAUCAUCCCUUCUUUCCCAGAUCCCAUGUCUUUCUUCAAUUUCUUGUCACAGACUCGAAGCUACCUCCAGAAAUAUCCACUCGCGUUGGUAGGAGAAAUCGGCCUCGACCGCGCAUUCCGCGUUCCGGAACCUUGGAAGCCUGGGAAUGAGCAAGGCCGCGAUAGCGACCUAACUCCCGGCGGCCGAGAAGGCAGGGAGUUGAGUCCGUGGAAAGUCGAUGUGAAGCAUCAGAAGAGGAUCUUUAAGAUGCAGUUACAGCUAGCCGCAGAAAUGGGGAGAGCGGUAUCGAUACACGGAGUUUCGGCUGUCGGAAUUCUUUUCGAAACAUUGAAAGAAUUAUAUGAGGGGUAUGAAAAGAAAGUACUGAGCAGAAGGGAGAGGAAGAAAUUGGACCAUGAAAAACAUGUCACUGAGUGGCAACCUGAAAAUGAAGAGAAGCUGGAUGGAGAUCACAAGAAACCAUAUCCUCCCAGAGUAUGUCUGCAUUCCUACACCGGCUCAGCGGCGCACUUCAAGCAGUACCUUGCUCCCACUAUUCCAGUCGAGGUCUUUGCGUCAUUCUCUACUGCAAUCAAUCUGUCAGACGAUUUGGAAGGCGAGACGAAGAAGGAGUUUGCGGAUGUGGUGAUGGCUGUGCCAGACCAUCUGUUGCUUGUAGAGAGUGACUUGCAUACCGCAGGGGAGGACAUGGAUAGGAGGAUGGAGGACGUGGUUAGGAGAGUUUGUAAGAUUAAGAAAUGGGGUUUGGAAGACGGAGUGAAGAGGUUAGCGGAAAACUGGAGUCGGUUUGUUUUCGGGGGAGAGGGAUAAGGUAAAUGUUGAAAGACCAACGAUUGUGGAAAUAAUGACUUCGAAUUUCGGCAUCCCAAUAAAUCCGCCAAAGUGGGUUUUGAUAACUUAGCAAGAAGAAUAAGAAACUGAGGCUUGGAGUUAUCUUGGCGUCGCUAAUAACGAUAAACAUACUAAAGGAUCCCUGGACCUAACACUAAAUUUGCUUACAGGGCUUCGGUGCAAUACAAAUGUUUAGCGGAAUAGAAGAAAUUU